AUGGUGGCACCCCCCACCCAGGAGGAGCUGGGCGCGCUGUCACCCGGUGACGUGGUCGAGCGCGUCCCCGCGCGCCCCCCGGCGCGCUCCGCCCUCGAGGCCGCCCCCUCAGGGCCCGACCCGUUUGAGGGCACCUGGGAGGCGCUGGAGAUGGGGGAGGAGGGAAGCCCGCUGCUGGACAGGCACGACGUGUGGGGGUGGACGCCACCCAGCAGCACGCGGCCCCAGAGCCUGCGCAACCUGCGGUUCGACAACUGA